AUGGAUGCAGGGAAAGAAAGCAACCAUGAUGAGGGAAGCGUUCUCCAAGCACAAUCCAAUGCGUCCUGCAAGCCUGAUUCACCGGAGUCAACCUCAAGAAAGGUCUUGUCCCACUUGCAGGACAGCUGGGAACCGAAGCCGGAGACAGCGCAGGAACCGAAGCCAGAGCCGGACCGGGGGCAGAAGUCGGAACCGGAGACGGACCAGGAGCCGCCGGAGCCGAAGCAGAAGUGGGAGACGGACCAGGAGCCAAAACCGGAGCCAGCGGAGACGGAGCGGCCGAAGCAGCAGAAGCCGCAGCCGGAGACGGACCAGGAGCCAAAACCGGAGCCGGCGGAGACGGAGCGGCCGAAGCAGCAGAAGCCGCAGCCGGAGACGGACCAGGAGCCAAAACCGGAGCCGGCGGAGACGGAGCGGCCGAAGCAGCAGAAGCCGGAGCCGGAGACGGACCAGGAGCCAAAACCGGAGCCGGCGGAGACGGGGCGGCCAAAGCAGCAGAAAUCGGAGCCGGAGACGGACCAGGAGCCAAAACCGGAGCUCGUAUUGCGAAAAAGGCCUUCCCGUCUCGCCGCACGUCAGCCGUCCUGGUCUCCAACACGCGGCAGACUUUAUGGCUUCAAUUUGGCGAAGUAUGGUGAGCAGUUCAAGGUGGCGCUCAAGGAGUUCGUGGAGCGCGUGUCUAACGAGCAUACCAGUAUCGUCGAACAGCCAAAAUUCCAUACGGUGAAGGAUGCGGAGGGCAACUUUCAAAGCACUUUGAAACUGAACGACAAGACACUUCUCCUCCUACCCGACCUUCGGGAGAAAACGGAAUUCGAAGGAGAGAAGUGUGCAUCCAAGAAGGAAGCAGACAACUCUGCAGCCAAGGCGUUCUGGGACGAUCCUCGUGUAUUGGAGAUAGCUAGAACACUGAAACCUUCAAGGAAGGCUCAGAAAAUCAGAGAGCACUUUGACUUUGUCAAGUGCAAGGAACAGCGCGAAGCGAAACGCAAAGCGCCUCAAGGCGACGGUUCGCUAGAAAAAGGUGGGGUGGUUGGCAGAGCUGAGAAGUCGGCAAAGUCAUUGAAGAGUAGCCCAGGAGUGGAAAGAUCCAAGUAUCUUGCAUCGAAUAGCGUGGCCUUGCUGCACUGCUUGGAAAGUGCGUUGACCUGGAAGGCCCAAGGUCGCAGAAAGAAGUGCUGGGGGCAGGAAGAUUCGACAGGAAGCACCGCGGUCACCUUUGACGAAGUGUGGGCAAACCUCAAGGCAGAUUGGCACAAUGCUAAACAGAAGGUCGAAACUGAUGGAGACCUUGAGGGACUUGACAUCGAUCCGUUGGAGCAGUCCUUUGCACGCUUGGCUGAUGAAGGGCAAGAGUACUUGGACCCGAAGAAGAUCGGGACAGCCUUGCAAACUUCCGGCAUCCACGGUGUGACAGAUGAUAUCAUGGGAAAGUGUACUAGGAGGAUACGAAAACUCGCUCAUGAAAAUGUCAGGCUAUGUUGGAGAUUAUCAGUGGACGUGCGGUGA